CCAGUCUCCAAACCCCUGCCCAUGUGUUCUUAAUUUUUUUUUUUUUGGUCCCCCUUUUAUAUUUUUAUUAAAUUUGAUUCCCAGUCUAAGAGGGGAAGUUUUGGUAGUGUAUACUCACUGUUUAAUAGAUAUUUUUCCUAAAUAAUGGCUAAAGGUCGGAAAUUGACGACGAGUCGGAGCGAGCGAUUUCUCGGUAGCUAUAGCUACAAUCAUAACCAAAACUCCACCGGGAGCGACUCGUCGGAACUGGGCGAAGAGGAUGUUUGGCCGAUGGCAGAUACCGUGGAGACGGACCGGGAGGAUUUCGGCGAAGAGAAUUCGUUUGCCGCCUGCGGCGGCGGAGGGAGUAAUAAUCACGGAGGGAUUCCGGUAAGGCGGGGGAGUGGGGUUCCUCGGGAUACACGUGAGCGACACGUAGGCGGGCUAUCGUUGGCAUUUGAAGAUCCGAGUAGGAUGACAUCGGCGAGAAUUGUGCAUCAGUUUCGAGGGAAUGAGACGGUGGCGUCCCCACGAGGGCGGCAGAUGGCUACGUCAGCGCCCGUGAACGUGCCGGAUUGGAGCAAAAUUCUCCGAGUGGAGUCGGUGGACUCGUUACACGAGUUGGACGAGACGUUGGAUGACCCGGAUUCGGAGAUCGUUCCGCCACACGAGUAUUUGGCCAGAAGUCGAAAAAAGAACGCCACUUCGGUUUUCGUCGGUGUCGGUCGGACCCUCAAGGGCCGGGACUUGAGACGGGUCCGGGAUGCGGUUUGGCUGCAAACCGGGUUCGAUGGAUAAAAUUUUAAAAGCCUUGUUGGAGAAGAAGAUUCAAUGAUUAUUAAAUCCAGACAUCAAAAUCAACCAAGAAUUAAUUAAUAUUGUGAAAAAGGGAUGAACUCAUUUUUUCCCCCUUGAGCCGCAGUUGACCCGGAUUAGUCGGGUAAACCCGGUGGCAACUCAUCAUCCCAGAUUCGUAAGUAUGGUUAAAAAAAGAAAAAAGAAAAAAAAAAAUCCGAUUCAAGUAAUUUGAAAAUCAACCCUUCUCUUUUUACUCUGUUAUCUUAUCUCCCAAUUUGGUAGUUUUCGUUGCGGCCCUUCAGUACCGCGUCUCCUCUCUUCAAUUAAAAUUUUGUCAACGGCUGUA